CAAACGCGUUGGAGGCGACAAGAGAGAGAGGAAGCGGAGAAAGUUGCUAGAGGAGCGAGAGGACAGGAGAGGGGUCGACCAGAUGGAAGGAAGGAAGGAAAGGAUCUCUCCGCGGGCUCAAGUGCGCGAUUAAAGGAUCCUGCAUAAACAAACAAAUACAUGAAUCAAAGCCUAUAAUAAAAGAAGUGGAGUUGGAAGCGCGCCACCGCGUUGCGUGCACGCGGACAAGACAGCGGCGGUGCGCGCUGAAACCCUCCUGUCUUUCUCUCUCUGGAUUUUACUCCUCAUGUUCUUCAAACUCGCGGUGAGCUUCACUAACUUUUGAGGUCGGCGUCUGAAAAACUUUCCCCUCCCCUUCACCUUUCAAUUCACGCUCUCCCCGGAAAAGAAGAAGCAGCUCCGGGGUGGAAGCAGAGGAAGGAAGAGCAGUUUUUGUUCCUUCCGAGGAGUCCAGCUCGCCGUAGCCGGGGUUUAGGCGUUGGCACCCGGGCAGGGAGUCCCUCGCCAUGGCCGGGGCCAAGCCGGGAGUCCACGCGCUGCAGCUCAAACCCGUGUCCGUCCACGAAGCGCUGAAGAAAGGGGGCAAAUUCAUCAAAUGGGACGAGGAGCCCAACAGCGGGCCCCCCACCCUGGUCACCCUGAAAGUUGACCCAGAUGGAUUCUUCCUCUACUGGACUGGAGGGUCCAACCUGGAGGUGGAGAUUCUGGACAUCAGUACCAUCAGGGACACCAGAACAGGAAAAUACGCCAAACUACCAAAGGACCCAAAGCUGCGAGAGGUGUUGGGCUUCGGUAAGGGUGACAGUGUUGAGGGGAAGCUGGUAACCGUUGUCCAUGGCAACGACCUGGUCAACAUCUCCUUCCUCAACUUCCAGGCUAUGCAGGAAGAUACAGCCAAGAUUUGGACGGAUGAGCUGUUCACGUUGGCCACAAACAUACUUUCCCAGAAUGCAUCGCGGCACACCUUCCUCCUCAAAGCGUACACUAAGUUAAAGCUGCAGGUGAAUCAGGAUGGGAAGAUUCCUGUGAAGAAUAUUCUCAAGAUGUUUUCAGAUAAGAAGAGAGUGGAGACGGCUCUGGAGCAGUGUGGCUUGGUCAAUAACAGGUCAGAGGGAAUCAAGCCUGAUGAUUUCACAUGGGAGGCCUUCCAGAAGUUUCUCGACUCUCUCUGUCUCCGGCCUGAGAUACAAAGCAUCUUUGAGGAAAGUGGCUCCAAGAGGAAGCCAUUCAUCUCUCUGGACCAGUUUAUGGACUUCAUUAACCGCAGGCAGCGAGACUCAAGACUAAACGAGGUGCUGUACCCCCCACUGAAAAGAGAGCAGGUCCGACAGAUCAUGGAGAAAUAUGAGACCAAUGCCAGCCAGCUGGAGAGAGACCAGAUCAGUUUGCAGGCUUUCAGUCGGUACCUGGGUGGAGAGGAAAACAGUAUUGUACCUCCAGAGAGGCUGGACAUCAUCGACGAUAUGAACCAACCGCUGUCUCACUACUUUAUCAACUCAUCACACAACACGUACCUCACAGUGGGUCAGCUGACAGGCCUGUCGUCAGUGGAGAUGUACAGACAGGUGCUGCUGACCGGCUGUCGCUGUGUAGAGCUGGACUGCUGGAAGGGCCGGCCGCAAGACGAGGAGCCCUACAUCACCCACGGGUUCACCAUGACCACUGAGAUCCCUUUUAAGGAGGUGAUCGAGGCGAUAGCAGAGAGUGCUUUCAAAACCUCACAAUACCCCCUCAUCCUGUCCUUUGAAAACCACGUAGAUUCGGCCAAGCAGCAGGCAAAAAUGGCAGAGUACUGCAGGACCAUCUUUGGAGACGCCCUGCUAAUUGAUCCUCUGGAGAAAUAUCCGCUUGACCCUGGUCAGCCCCUCCCCUCACCACAAGAGAUGAUGGGAAAGAUUUUAAUCAAAAAUAAGAAGAAGCACCACCACCACCGACCCUCGAGUAGUGGCAGCAUACGACGCAGAGAGCUGGAGGAGCAGCCUUCACCCAAUAAUGACUGCCCUCUGACAGACGGUGAGGGAAGCCAGCUCUUAUCUAACGGGGAGGAGAAGCUGGCUGAGAGGAUGGUCAAAGACUCUGAGCCUCGCAAAUCCAUCGGAGGUGAGGGGGAAAGUGAGGAGGAUGAGGAGGACGAACCGACAACAGAGCUAAAAAAGCCGAACUCCGACGAGGGUACAGCCAGCAGUGAGGUGAACGCCACAGAGGAGAUGUCGACUCUCGUCAACUACAUCGAACCUGUCAAAUUCAAGAGCUUCGAGGUUGCAAACAAGAGAAGAAAGUUCUUUGAAAUGUCCUCAUUUGUGGAAACAAAAGGCAUGGACACUCUGAAGAGCUCCCCCAUCGAGUUUGUCGAGUACAAUAAGAAUCAGCUGAGCCGAAUCUACCCUAAAGGAACCAGGGUGGACAGCUCCAACUACAUGCCUCAGCUCUUCUGGAAUGUUGGCUGCCAGAUGGUGGCGCUAAACUUUCAGACCCUCGACCUCCCUAUGCAGCUGAACAUGGGUGUGUUUGAGUACAACGGCCACAGCGGCUACCUGCUGAAACCUGAGUUUAUGAGAAGGACAGACAAACACUUUGACCCUUUCACGGAAAACAUAGUGGAUGGGAUCGUCGCCAAUACUGUCAAAAUCAGGGUGAUCUCAGGCCAGUUCCUGACAGAUAAAAAGGUCGGCGUGUACGUGGAAGUGGACAUAUUUGGACUCCCUGCUGAUACAAAGAGGAAGUACAGAACCAAAACAUCCAAUAACGGGAACUCGCUGGACCCUGUGUGGGAUGAUGAGAUGUUUGUGUUUAAUAAGGUGGUUCUCCCUACACUGGCCUCUCUGAGGAUAGCAGUGUUUGAAGAGAACGGCAAGUUUAUUGGACACCGGAUCCUUCCUGUGUCGGCCAUUAGACCUGGCUACCACUACAUCAACCUGAAGAAUGAGCUGAACCAGCCCCUCCUGCUGCCCUCUCUGCUGGUUUACACUGAGGCUCAGGACUACAUCCCUAAUGAACACCAGGAGUACGCCGAGGCUCUGACCAACCCCAUUAAGCACAUCAGUCAGUUGCACAAGAGAGAGACACAGCUGGCUGUUCUCAUAGAGGACAACAGUGAGCAUGUCCCCAACCAGCCCAAAGAGGGAGAGACAAAGGGAGAGUGUGAAGUCAUUCCAGGAGGUCGUCUUCCCUCCCCCUUCCAUCCCCUCCCCCCCUGCUCAUUGGAUGAAGCCCCUGACAUCCUCAAAGUACCUGCACCGGUACAAAAUCAGAAGGAAGACCUCAUUGCCACAGUUCUGGCAGACGUCCAGGUCCAUUCUAUAGAGGAGCUGAAGCAGCAGAAGAGCUAUUUGAAGCUGCUAAAGAAACAGAGCAAAGAACUCAAAGAGAUGCGUAAGAAACACCUCAAGAAGGUGUGGAAUCUGAGUAAGGAGCAGAAGAGUCGGAGUAGCCAGCUUCAGUCUGACACCCAGAGGAAACGCAGUCAGAUGGAGAAACGACUUAGUCGUAGCAUCAAGAAAAAUGAGCCCUAUGAGCCGGUGCAGCGUGAGCUGAAGGCGUUGGAUCAGGAGCUGGAGAAGCAGACGGUUCAGCUGAGGGAAUGGCAGAUGCAGGAACUGCUGAAGCUUCGACAGCAGCUUCACGAGCUGGAGAGAGAGAAGCAAAAAACACACCUGCAGGAGGCCUUCCGUAAGUUAAAGGAGACGGCCCAUGAAUGCCAAGCAGCUCAGCUGAAAAAGCUCAAGGAGACGUGUGAGAAGGAAAAGAAAGAGCUUCAAAAGAUCCUGGACAGGAAGCGACAAAACAGCAUCAGUGAAGCCAAGAGCCGUGACAAAGACAAGGCUGAACUGGACCUGAAUGAGAUCAACAGGAAACAUAUUCAAGAUUCUGUCUCCUUAAUCCGCGGGCUGGAGGAGGCUCAGACCAGGAGGCAGGAAAAGCUAACGCUGAGGCAGCGUGAGGUGCUGCAACACAUAGAUGAUGAACUUCCACAGCUCCAGUCUCACUUGGAGAGGGAACUGCAGCAGGAGCAUCAGAGAUUACCAGAAGAAAUCUGCCAGCAUCUUCAGCUGGAGCUCCAGAACAAAGGUCUCAGAAAAGACGCCCUGUUCUCCCCCUUGUCCAAUAACAGCAGCCCCAGCCCGAGCUCCGGCUCGGGCCCGCCCUCCAACUGCUCCACGCCGUCGUACCCCUCGACACCCAAUCGUAUCACCUGGAACAGCAUGGACAAUAUCACGCCCUCAUUGGCCGAUUCCACUUCCUCGUCCACUACUCCCGUCCUAUCGGAGGCAGAAAUGUCGUUCAGUUAGAAUUACUAUUUGUAAAAAAGAAAAUACAUACAUUCAGCUGGGGUCUAUAAUGAUUAUAAUGUGGGAUAUUAAUGAUAUUAAUUAUUUACUAAUUUUAUUCCUUUUUUUAUUAUUACAACAGACUUUUUUUGUUCUUGUCUACAGAGCUAUAUUAUUUUUUAUUUCGCUAUUUUUGUCAGAUGCACAUCAUGACUUUUGUUUGAAGAUUUCAUAAGAAUCAUAACCAAA